AUGAAAGUAGAUCGGGCCAAUUGGAUCACUUCCUUUAGAAACCAUAAACACACACACACACACACACAUAUAAAGGUAGCUGCUCUGACGGGAAGUCGCCUUGAUAAUGAAAAGCGGCUCUUGGUCUUUCUGUUGUGUGUGAUGAGAACGAGGAUGAGGAUGAGGAUGAAGAUGGCUCCUGUCUCCACCAUCUCUCUGCUCCUGCUCUGCUGCUCCGCCGUCUCCUCCGCAGGUUCCAAGGAAGCAUGCAACUUGUACGCCGCGACCGGCGCCAACUUCACGGUGCCGCUGGUCGCCGCGCUGGACCAGCAGGACACCCUGAAAUGGAGGCACAACGGCACGUCCAUCUUGUAUUGGAAAAAGCAGUCCUUUGUGAUAGGGAGAAAGGAGAGCCUUUCUGAAAAUGGAUCCCUGAAGCUGACCGGCGUGCAGCAGGGCAACGCGGGGAGUUACAUCCCCGAAGUGCAUGAUGUGAUUGGAAACAGGAAAGGGACUUUUGAACUCAUGCAAUUAUGUGUAAUGGACGGAGCCCCGAGGCCCUCUGUGAACAUUACAUGCAACGCUCCCUCGGCGGUCACGUUCACCUGCCAUGUUCAACCGGAGGCCAAGGAUCUCCGGUUUGCGUGGUUUCAGAACAACCAGGUGCUGGAAAAGGAGAAAGGUCAGACUCUGAUGAAAUCAGUGGAUCUCGUGAAAGCGGAUCCCAUCAGCUGCAAAGUGUCCAACCUCGCCAGCUCCGUGACCAGCGCGCCCGUGACACAGACCUGCAUUGUCAACAAGUUCAUGUUCCCAGACGAAAUAUUCGGAAUUAAUACCUGGAUUUUGGUGGCCGUAAGGGGAGGUGUUGUUCUGGUGCUGAUUGUCGUGGUUAUUGUUUGCUGCAUCUGCACCAAGCGGAGGAAACGCUCGCGACUGAAGGAAGAGGAGGAGCUUCGUUUGGCGUGGACCAAUGACCAGCAGCAGCAGAGUCAUCCUAAAUAUGAACACCCUCAUCUUCAUCAGCAUCCCCAGCAGCAGCCGGCUGGCCACACCGGUCCUCGGCAGCAACGCUCCAGAGAGCACCGCGACCAGCAGCGCCCCAGAGCCCCCGACCACGACAACGCCAACGCUCAGCCCGGCCCCCGAAGACCUGCACAGGCCCAGGGACCACCCGGUAAGAUUGACGAAGAGCAGCCGCCUCCUCUUCCUCAGCCCAGGAAGAACGCUGUCAAGAUACAAAGAGUGUGACAGCGAGUGAGUGCUGGAGUUAUGAAAGUGUAAAUGCACCUGCUUUUCUUAUUUUUCUUCAUUGGGGGAUUUAUUUCUUCUUCUUUUAUCCUAUGUUGAUGUUUUAGAUGAAUUCCUUCGACAUGAACAGUUUAUUUUAAUUGGUUAAUAAUCUCAAAAGUCAAAGUUGACUAUGAAUCUUCAUCAUAUUUUUGUUUAUUAUGACAUGAUGAGAAGUCUUGUACUGCCUAUUUGUAUAAUAUUGUAUAUCUUUUUUUAAAAAAAUGUAUUCCACUUUAA